AUGAGUACAAUACAGCCUUUUGAGGCAACAGAUCUUUUCAAACUGGAUAAUAUCAAUCUCGAUAUUUUAACAGAGAACUUCCCUGUAGAAUUUUAUAUGGAGUAUCUAAUAUUAUGGCCUGAUUUAUUCUUUAAGAGUCUCGAGACAACAAUUGACUCCCAAGUAAACAAUAAUAACAUAUCAGGCUACAUGAUGGCCAAGACUGAAGGUAAGGCGCAUGAAUGGCAUACACAUAUUACUGCCGUUACUGUAGCAUCUGAAUUUCGUAGAAUAUCUUUAGCUUCAAGACUUUGUAACUCUUUAGAGGCUAUAACUGAUUCUAAUCCUCAUAAUGUUAAUUUUAUCGAUUUGUUUGUCAAAUGUAACAACGAUUUAGCAAUUAUGCUUUAUGAAAAGUUAGGAUAUAGUGUAUAUAGAAGGGUGAUAGGUUACUAUAAUUCAAGUGAAGAUGGAUAUCCAAAUACAUUAAAAAAGGUAAAUGAUGAUAAAGAUGCUUUUGAUAUGAGGAAAUCAAUGCAAAGAGAUAAGGGAAGAAGCACCAUCGCUGAUGGUAGAAAAAAUAAAUGUUAUCCACACGAUGUAAAAUUUUAA